CCUUGUGACAGUAUUAUAUUGCUUGCUUGUUAUUAGAUUAUGUUUCCUACAUUCUUCUGUUAUUACAGCGAGCUACUGGCAAUUUAUGUAUGUGGUGUUUGCAGAUGAAAAGAUAUGGUGGAAGUAAUUUGGUAAUUGGGUUUUGUGUUGCAACUGCGAUACUUGUUUUGGCUGUAAGGGCAUAUGUGGUAAGAAAGUCAAAGCACGCCAAUCCUGGCUCUGUGGCUGAUCUUGUAAGGCGUGGCCAUCUAAGAUCCGAUAGAAGAGGCAUAUCAAGACCUCUUAAGUAUGAUGACCCCUUUAAUAAUCCACUGGUGAAAAGCAAAGGAAAUUCAACUGUAGAGAUGUGUGGGAAGGUUUAUCGCCUGGCUCCUAUUACUCUUACUCAAGAGCAACAAGCUAUCCAUCAGAAAAGGAGGUCAAGAGCAUACCAGUGGAAGAGACCAACAGUUUUCCUUAAAGAAGGGGACUCAGUCCCUCCAGAUGUUGACCCUGACACAAUCAGGUGGAUUCCUGCAAAUCAUCCUUUUGCAACCACUGUUAGUGACAUUGAUGAGGACUUGGCACAAAACAAUGUUUAUCAAAAGCAUGGUGUUCCAUUCCGUAUUCAGGCCGAGCAUGAGGCACUGCAAAGAAAGCUGGAAGCACUACAGAAUGAUGAAAACUCAGAAAUCCAAUUAUUGAUGGUAGAAAUGCUAAAGAUUUCCAGAAACCAUUCAAGUUAUAUUCCAAGUCAAAUGACCCUCAGCAAGACAGCCCAGCUAAUAAUCAGGUUGCUGACUUUAAGCCUCCCAAACCAGAGCACGACCAACAUUCUUCUCAAAGCACUUUAUCUUCGGAGGAAAUGCAGAAACCUUGAGGUACAUAUGGCUGCUGCCUACUGUUGGUAUUAUCUUCGAUUUUCAAAUACUAUAUAUCUCUAGUAAAUUCCAUCGUAUUUUCAAUGUGCUCAAAAUUCCUGUGAAAUUACUUUCAAUCGACCUUUUUAGGCCCAAUCCCCAAUGACAUUUGUAAAAGACAGGAAAUCUUGUAAAAUAAAGUUGCCAUGUUUGAUGUUGGAUUCAGUCUGACCCCUCAUGCUUCAUCUUGUGACAAUUAGAAAAAACUAAAUGGUGUUGCUAUGA